AUGGAGGAAACAGAGACAGAUACAUACAGCGUCGAGGAUGAAAUUCUUGCGGCUAUGGUGCAGCUUGUUGAGCUGCGGUGGUGUAAGCCAAGGGCUGACCUGGAUAUACACCUGGAUGGGUACUGCGUGGCGCGCAUGUGUUCGUUUGUGUGUGAGCUGCUGCUGCGGCUGUAUGGUGUGGCUGGGGUGCAGCAGCACAUGCAUAUAGCACCAGCACCAGCAGCAGCAGCAGCAACAGCAGCAGCAGCAGCAGCGUUGAACCCGUUCGGGGCAGAUAACUGCUGGCUAGCAGCAAAAGCACCGCUACACCGCGUGCUGCUGCUGCUGGGGAGAGAUGUAAGACAGCUGCAGCAGAAGGCUAUGGCUUUCUCGCAGUGCUGCUUCAGCGGCAACCCGCUGCAGCUGCAGCACCACUUAGAGCAGCAGGUGGAGCAGCACCUGCAGCAGCAGCAGCAGCAGCAGCAGAUGCUUGAUGCCCAGCUGUAUCUGCAGCAGGACCCGGCAGCAGCAGCAGCAGCAGCAGCAGCAGCAGCAGCAGCAGUUUCUUCGCCUCUGGUCUCAGAGAGCGAGCCCCAGUCCCACGAACUGGGAUUAUCCAAUGGCAGCAACAUCAGCAGCAGCAGCAUCAGCAGCAGCAGCAGCAGCAGCAGCAGCAGCAGCAGCAGCAGCAGCAGCAGCGGGCUCAAGUCAGGUAUGGAGUGCCUGGUGGUCCCCAGCCGGCUGCCCCCCGGCCACCCCCUGGAGCUCGUAAGGAGCGUGGGGCAGCUGUACAUACAGAGCUCGCAUCCUUAUGCACGCAUGGUUGCUGCAGCAGACAAGCCAGCUGUGCCUGAAGCAGCCUACCUGCAGCAGCAGCAGCAGCAGAAGCAGCAGCAACAGCAGCAGCAGCAGCAGGUAGACUGGAUGGAUAGGUUGCUGCUUGUACACCCCGAAGCAGCAGGAGUUUCUGUUGCUGCUGAGCUGCUGCCUAGCGACCUCUCUCCCUGGCAUCUGCUGUCGGUGGAGGCGCUGCCGCUAACCGAGCCGCGGCGGCAGCUGCUGCAGCGUGUGAUAGCAGCGCAGCAAGCGAUAGAUAGACUGGAUGCCGCGGCGGCAGCUGCUGCAGCGUGUGAUAGCAGCGCAGCAAGCGAUAGAUAG